AAACAAUUAUUUGAUAAUUUAUAUUAUUCAGAUGAACAUUUUUUUCAAACAAUUUAUGAUGAAAAUUUAUAUUUAAAAGAUAAUGUUAAAGAAAAACAAAUUCAAUUAAAUAUUCCACAAAAACAAGUUUUACUUUAUAGAAGAAAAUUAUUAGAUGAAAAAAGAAAAUUAUAUUUAUAUGAUGAUCUUAUUAAAAAAUAUAAAAUCUUUCAACAAUAUCAAUCAAAUAUUUUUGAAAAAUUUAGAGAAUGGGAUUAUAAACAAAUUGCAUUAAGAUGUGCUAGAGAAGGACAUUUGAAAGGCUUAAGACUUGUAUUAGAACGUGCAAUACCAUCAAUAUUAUUAAUUGAUCUUUUGUCAAUAUUAAAUGAAAUUUGUGAAACAGUUCCAUUGACUGAAUAUGAAGAUUUAAUUCCAAAGUUUUCUUUAAUUGAACAAAAAGAAUUUGAUCGAAAAGAAAAUGAUUGGAGUGAUGAAUUUAUUUCUUCAAAUGAAGAAACUAAAGAAGAAAUUAAUCGAUCAUUAUUUAUUGAUUGGUAUAAAAAAAAAAUUCUUUCAUUCGAAUCAUUUGGUCUUAUUGAAAAUGCUCUUCAAUUAUGUAAACAUUCUUUAGAUAUUUAA